UCAGGCGACGUCGCCACACGCGACGUGAUGGUUCCGCUCACCUGCUGCCGCUCAGCGGUCCGCUUCUCCCCGUCGGAGUUUCCUCAAAACUAAACAAUGAUUCGGGGCUACAUCCUGGAGUGUCUCCUGCGUUUUUAUUUCACACAGAAACAUUUGAGAACCGUCGACUCGGUCAGGAGGAAGGCUGCGUCCCGGGGUGGAUUAUGUUUCUGACUGACGCCAACAUAUGGAAGAAAUUAAGAAAUUAAGACCUCCAGAAAACCUAAAGGAAUGAAUCGCUUCUUCGUACAAGUCCUGACAGCUUUAGUUGCAUGUUUUAUGGAGACCAUCAAGUUCAGGUCGGUCGAUGCCAAGGAACACGAGUCCCGAGCAUCGAACAUGUCUCCGUCGGACUUUCUAGAUUCAUUAAUGGGUCGAACCUCGGGCUACGACGCACGAAUACGACCGAAUUUCAAAGGUCCGCCCGUCAACGUCACCUGCAACAUCUUCAUCAACAGCUUUGGUUCCAUCGCAGAGACCACCAUGGACUACAGGGUGAACAUCUUCCUGCGGCAGAAGUGGAACGACCCGCGGCUGGCCUACAGCAAGUACCCCGACUCCUCCCUGGACCUGGACCCCUCCAUGCUGGACUCCAUCUGGAAGCCCGACCUCUUCUUCGCCAACGAGAAGGGCGCCAACUUCCACGACGUCACCACCGACAACAAGCUGCUGAGGAUCUUCAAGGACGGCACGGUCCUGUACAGCAUCAGAUUGACGCUCAUCCUCUCCUGCCCCAUGGAUCUGAAGAACUUCCCGAUGGACGUCCAGACGUGCACCAUGCAACUGGAGAGCUUCGGCUACACCAUGAACGACCUGGUGUUUGAGUGGCUGGAGAACGGCGCCGUGCAGGUGUCAGAGGGCCUGACGCUGCCGCAGUUCAUCAUGAAGGACGAGAAGGAGCUGGGCUACUGCACCAAGCACUACAACACUGGUAAGUUCACGUGCAUCGAGGUGAAGUUCCACCUGGAGCGGCAGAUGGGCUACUACCUGAUCCAGAUGUACAUCCCCUCGCUGCUCAUCGUCAUCCUGUCCUGGGUGUCCUUCUGGAUCAACAUGGACGCCGCGCCCGCCCGCGUGGCGCUGGGCAUCACCACCGUGCUCACCAUGACCACCCAGAGCUCGGGGUCCCGCGCCUCCCUGCCCAAGGUCUCCUACGUGAAGGCCAUUGAUAUCUGGAUGGCCGUGUGUCUGCUCUUUGUGUUCGCUGCGCUGCUGGAAUACGCAGGAGUUAAUUUCGUCUCCAGGCAACAGAAAGAGUUCCUCCGAUUGAGGCGGAGACAGAGGAGGAGUCAGAAGGACGAAGAACUGCGGGAAGGCCGUUUCAACUUCUCCGGCUACAACAUCACCCAGUGUCUGGCCAUGAAGGACGGCUCGUCCAAUAAGAACGCGGCCUCCGCCCCUAGCCCCGCCCCGCCGGCCGUGAAGGACAUAGACAUGGUGAGGAAGAAGUUUGUGGACCGCGCCAAGAGGAUAGACACCAUCUCCCGGGCCGCCUUCCCCCUGGCCUUCCUCAUCUUCAACGUUUUCUACUGGAUUACCUACAAGAUCAUCCGGCACGAGGAAUUCCACAUCCAAAAAAAAGAGUAG